AUGAGGGUGAUGGGCCGCUCUCACAGUGACAGCAGCACAGCGGCGAUGGCGAUGAUGGCGAUGUGCGACGCUGAGCCGCGGAGAAACAGGAGCUCAGCGAGGGGAGAGCACAGAAGGCACACCAUCACCACCAUCACGGGUCUCGACCAUCACACGGUGGCGGCGGUGCAGCAGCAGGAGGCGCUGGGCUCUGCUCUGCGCGCCCUCGACUCGGCGCGGGGUCGCCUGCAGGACGAGGUCACGGGGAGGGGGCGGAGGGACGCAGGGGCUCCCCCGCAGGGUCACCCGGCGGACGUGAACCCGGCCCGCCUGGGGCAGCUCUACCACAGGAUCCAGGAGGCGACACGCAUCCUGGCGGAGGUCACCGAAUCGGCAAAGGCUGGGACUUGCGGGGCCGAGGGCUACGGGCCCCCCACGGCGCCCAGCGCCAGCGUCCUGCAGCAAGCGCUGUGCGUGCUGCGCGACCAGAACCGGCUGCUCACGCGGGAGGUAUCCGAGAAGAGUGACCGCAUCUCCCAGCUGGAGCACGAGAAGUCGCUGCUCAUCCAGCAGCUGUUCGAGGCUCGCUCGCGUCACCAUGGCAACGCCAGCCUCCUCGCCGACUCCACCUUCAUCUGAACGCCGCCCCACCAAGCCCCACGUCGCCCCCGGCAACCGCCUUGUACACCCCCCCCCGCACCCGCCUGCCCGCCCCGGGAUAUCGGCGCAACCCGUUGCACGGACGAGGGUCUGCGCGACGCGACGGACGAGUUCCUGCAACCGGCGGUUGCCGUUGGCGGCGGCGGCGUCUGGAGCCCGGCCGCGACGCCACGCGGGGGAGAAGACGCGACGCGGCAGGGGUAGCAGCAGCAGCAGAAGCAGGAGAAGCAGUAGAAGCAGCAGCAGAAGCAGUAUAAACAGCACCAGAAGCAGUAGAAGCAGCAGCAGAAGCAGUAGAAGCAGCAGCAGAAGCAGUAGAAGCAGCAGCAGAAGCAGUAUAAACAGCACCAGAAGCAGUAGAAGCAGCAGCAGAAGCAGUAGAAGCAGCAGCAGAAGCAGUAUAAACAGCACCAGAAGCAGUAGAAGCAGCAGAAGCAGCAGCAGAAGCAGUAUAAACAGCACCAGAAGCAGUAGAAGCAGUAGAAGCAGCAGCAGAAGCAGUAUAAACAGCACCAGAAGCAGUAGAAGCAGCAGAAGCAGCAGCAGAAGCAGUAGAAGCAGAAGCAGCAGCAGCAGAAGCAGAAGCAGCAGCAGCAGUAGGAGCAGUAGCAGUAGAACCAGCAGCAGCAGCAGAGCCAGGCUCUGCUUUGUUCGUGUGUGCGCGUGUACGUGUGUGUGUGUGUACGUGUGUGUGUGUGUACGUGUGUGUGUGCGGUCAUCUCGGUCAGUCGACCCGUGGCACCUGCUGGGUCUGCCCUGUAACCUCCUGCCAGCGGGCGUUCGACACUUCACGUGGCCUCAAGGUGCACUUGGCCUGGCACAAGCGUCGUGGUGACGUCACCGCCACUUAGUGGCGAAUGGCGGUUGUUGUUGUUGUGUGUGCGUGUGUACGUGUGUGUGUACGUGUGUGUGUACGUGUGUGUGUACGUGUGUGCGUGUACAUGUGUGUUUGUGUAUCAGUAUUGAGGUUGUGUGUGUCAGCGUUGAGACUGUGUGUGUGUGUACGUGUGUGUGUGUACGUGUGUGUGUGUGUCAGUGUUCAGGCUGUGUGUGUCAGUAUUGAGGUUGUGUGUGUCAGCGUUCAGGCUGCGUGGGUCAGAAGAAAGCUGCCUCUACGUUCAAGUUGCACCCUCCGCUAAUGGGCCACUCGCGAGCCUAAUGCAUGUCGCUCGAUGCACGUAAAACGAAUGCCCCCCUUCCCGCAUCUCUAAUGGUAUAAUCCAUGCCCCCCUUAAAUCGCAAAUGGCAUGCUCCGUGAGAUGGAUCCGUGAGAAGCGGUCUCACCCCGCAGUUACCGCUAACGCAGAGGUCGCAGACGGGUACCCGAUACCCGUACCCUACCCGAUACCCGGCUACCCGUACCCGGCCGGGUACGGGUAGCCGUUUGCGACCCUGGUGCGGCCGGGUAUGGGUAGACCGCGAGUCACUGGUAAGUCACCGUUUGUCACUCAUUUCCCAACGUCUUGUCUCUUCUCACAAUUCAAGUUCCUAGAAUCAACCCACCCGCGCCUGCAACAUGGCUUCAUCCCAGAGGUCGCAAUCAGGUACCCGUACCCUACCCGUACCCAGCCGGUUACGGGUAGGAUACGGGUACCCAUUUGCGACCCUGGUGUGGCCGGGUACGGGUACGGGUAGGCCGUGAGUCACCGGUGAGUAACUGUCACUCAUUUCGGGUAGGGUACGGGUCGGGAACGGGUACCCGUACCCGGCCGGGCACGGGUACCCAUUUGCGACCCUGGUGUGGCCGUACCCGGGUACGGAUAAGGAAUCAAAACCCCAUUGGAACCUCAUUUGCCAGUUAAAAUAUCAUAAUUGUUUUUUUAACCCUUCUAUCUGGCAACAAAACUGACACCUUUUUUACAAGGAGUCAUGUUUGCAUAGACCACAAUACCUGCGGUCAUAAUGAAAAAAAAACAUAACUCUGAUAAUGUGCACUGUCCUUGAAGUUGAUUGGUCCACACCCGAGACAGCUUUCCUUAGAGCCUAGUCUCACAUGGUGUUGGACCAGAUGACGCCAAAAGGCGCAAAACUCAAAGACAAUGCACCAUCAGAGUAUGAGAGCUCGGGGUAAGCAUGGCGUUUGUCACUCAUUUCAGGUAGGGUACGGGUCGGGAACGGCUACCUGUACCCGGCCGGGUACGGGUAAGGAAUCAAAACCCGUUUGCGACCUCUGCCGCUAACUCAGCGGUCGAUCUUCUCGGCUACGAAUGCGACUACUUUGACGAUCUCGCCCCCCUCACCCGCUCCCCCCCCCUCCCCCGCACGUGUGAAACGGCACUACCCCGCGUCCUUACAUAGCGCGUGCCUCUUCGGCAAAACCCCGAUGCAUGGGACCGUCUGCUUGCAAACGACACGCACCACGGGGUGUACGGUAUACAGAUCGGCUCAAACCUCGCGUCAAAGCCACGUGACUCCUGCCCUUCCCACUUUAAACUCCUCCUCUUUCUCCGUGCCGCUGCCCACUGUGAAAACAGACUCCUCCGUGCGGAUCUCUUUUGCUGAUCGCUCCACCGUCCAAUCACACUCUUCCAUCUCUGUCAUCGUCAUCAUCGUCACCAGGGUGGCGCCUGGUGUACAGGAGGUCGUGGGUUUAGGUCCCGACCCUGACGACGCCUGCUGCUGUAUAUUUGGAGUUUGCGUGUCUCUCAUCAUCAUCGUCACGGUGGCUAGGAGAUGUUAACUCCCUCGCCUGGUACACAGGAGGUCGUGGGUUUAGGUCCCGACUGACGACGCCUGCUGCUGUAUAUUUGGAGUUUGCGUCUCUCUCUCAUCAUCAUCAUCGUCACGGUGGCAAUGAGAUGUUAACUCCCUCGCCUGGUGUACAUGAGGUCGUGGCUUCAGGUCCCGACCCUGAUGACGCCUGCCCGCUGCAUAUUUGGUGUUUGCGUGCCUCUCAUCAUCAUCAUCAUCACGGUGACGAGAUGUUAACUCCCUCGCCUGGUGUACAGGAGGUCGUGGGUUCGAUCCCGACUGACGACGCCUGCUGCUGCUGCUGUAUAUUUGGAGUUUCCGUGUGUCUCUCUCCCCGUGGUAGCGUGGGAUCUUUUUUUUACACGCUUUUUAUUAACUCUGCUGUAUUCUCAAAUCUUGUAACUCAAAUUUUACCCACUUCCUAAUGCGGUACCGACUGCAAACUUUGCAUACUUAUGUCAUACCGAUGACAACACUAUAUUCUAUCAUAAAAAAUGAUAAAAAUAUUUUUUCACAUUAUUUUUUACAUGUUUUGUUUCGGCUUGGGUCUAAUUGUCAACGCUCAACUGACGUUGGCUGUAAAUCACCACGGCCCCCUUACGUCGUGGCAAGCCUCGGGGCCACUUCCUGGAAUCGUGGAGUUCUUCCAUUACUCGUACGGUACAUUUCAUUAAAGCGUGUUUUUUUUAAAAGUUUGUUUUAAAUAUUACUUAUUUUCCUCCGGGUCCUCCGUCGUUAUUUUUUUCUUUCCCGCAAGCGUCGACAAGUCGCGGCGACGACGACGACGACGAUGAUGAUGAUGAUGAGACACUUUGUUGAGCUUUAUUUGUGGACCGUUAACCAGGGUCGCUUAGCCUGGUUAACGUUGAAGUAUAAAAAUCGCCACCCUCUCAUCAACCCCCGACAUCUUGGGGGCCCAGCCAUUCCUCAUCCUCCCCAUCCUCCUCUCUCCCUGCUGCUCGUCCUGAUGAACGAUGACCCCCCACCCCUCCCCUCCUCUCUCUCUCUCUUCAUCUUGCUGACCUCUGCCCCAGCCUCCCGUUCCCUAUUACCCCUAAUACAGCAACUAAUCAUAUUACGCAAUACAACGUCGCCACUCCGCUAUCCGCGGGCAUGAUAUCGAGGUCCGACGUUUGCACCGUGGACCGGCUUGAGUUUUUUUGUUUGUUUUGCCACAAAGCACAGACGCCCGCCGCCGGCUAAUCGUUCGGUCGGUCGGUCGUUGGUCGGAUGUCGUCGGGGACGUCGCAGCGUCGGUGUGGCGGUGGCCGUCCACUGCUAUCCACCCCCGCGGGCAACUGGCCCGGUGUGCCCACACUACCCAGACUGCCCAGAUUACCCAGACUGCCCACACUACCCAGACUGCCCAGAUUACCCAAACUACCCACACUACCCAGACUGCCCACCCUACCCACACUACGAAGACUGCAAACUCCACUCACUCACUCUGCAGAACAGGGGGAGAUCAUACAAACUCCACUCACUCUGCAGAACAGGGGGGGAUCACACAAACUCCACUCUGCAGAACAGGGGGAGAUCAUACAAACUCCACUCUGCAGAACAGGGGGAGAUCAUACAAACUCCACUCACUCUGCAGAACAGGGGGAGAUUAUACAAACUCCACUCACUCUGCAGAACAUGGAGAGAUCAUACAAACUCCACUCACUCUGCAGAACAGGGGGGGAUCACACAAACUCCACUCACUCUGCAGAACAGGGGGGGAUCACACAAACUCCACUCACUCACUUUGCAGAACAGGUGUAGAACAUACCAACUCCACUCACUCUGCAGAACAGGGGGAGAUCAUACAAACUCCACUCACUCUGCAGAACAGUUGUAGAACAUAAAAAUUCACUCACACAGAGAGGCAUUCGCAUCGGGAAUCAAACCCAGCCGCUUGUUGCUGUGAGGCACAGGCGUAGUAGACCACUACUGCAUCACCACCCCACCUCCCUAUUAUUUCCCCUCCGAUCUGUAAUGUUUACGUUGUUUUUUUUAAAUUAUCAUUCAUGUUACGUCCUUUUAACUGACGCUUAUGUAACCUCUUGUCAACUAACAGCAGUAACCGAUGCAAUACUUUGUCGUUGAUGUAAUUGUUCGUGGUUAUGAUCGUCUGCCAUUCGUUUUUUUACGACGCAAAUACAAUGCUUAGUCAA